UGUAUAAGGUGAUACGGUUUCAUCAUGAAACCGUAUCACCUUAUACACGGAGAAACGCGUUAAGGAGGCUACCUACUGCUUACAUCCUUUUUAAACCACUUGGAUUCCUUAUAUACUGGAGACCGCCUUCACAUCUUCUUACAGUGACCCGGAGCAGCGCCUGGUUCCCCCUCCUCGAGGACAUCAAGAUACCGCCGCGCUACAUAUGCGCAACACCGGACAACAUUACAUCAGCCGGCCUCACAGCAGCGGCAACGGUGAGAGAUCAGCUGGCGGUGGGGAGGGACACCUGGAGAGCGCUGGGUCCUCAGAUUUAAUAACAUUACCUGAGGCAGUUGGCGGCUUCUCCAUUGGAUGCACGGUCGCUACGUGCACUUAAACAUUCUAGUUUACACCAUCAGCAGUCCCCUUGGAGUUACAAAAAUAGCACUAUACUGUGCUUAAUUAUUCCAUGCUUGGAGCUCCAGGACAGUCAUUUGUGGACUCAUUCAUUGCUUAAAAGGCACACCUAGAUAUUCUAACAAGGAGGAGGAACUUUUCUGUUCUGCAGCUUUAUAAUGAAAUCAGCAAGGUGUCUUUGCCAGAAGAAGGAGGACGAACGAUCUGGACAAGAUACUUUUCAUCAACUCCAAGACCUCUUACAGACUUGGGCAGAUCAAAAGAAUGGACCAAAAAUUACAGGAUGAGAUAUGUGAUGCAUUAGUGUUCAAACAUAAAGGUGUGUACUUUCACAAAAAUUUGAGUACACCAGAAGGCGUCGACGCUAUAGAGGAUAUGGAAAUUAGAGACAGUGAUGUUUUUUUGGUCACCUUUCCAAAAUCUGGAACAGUUUGGACACAAAAUAUCCUCUGUCAGAUAUACAAAGAAAGUCAAGGCAAUGUAGAAGGCAAUGUAGAAGACAAUGUUAACAACAUGGCAAAAGCUCCAUGGCUUGAAUUUAAAUUGUUAAUCAAUGAUUUUGACAGCUGUCCCUCUCCUCGUCUCUUAUUGAGCCACCUACCUUAUUAUCUGAUGCCAAAGAAUCCAAGGAACCGGAAACUAAAAGUUAUUUAUGUGCUAAGAAAUCCAAAAGAUAAUGUAGUGUCAUUUUAUCACUUCCACAAAACUUUUGUCAACAUACAACAUUUGGCUAUCUCUUGGGAAGCAUUCUUUGACCUGUAUAUGUCAGGAAAAGUAAUUGGUGGCUCGUGGUUUGAUCAUGUCAGGGGAUGGUACACCCACAAGGAGGAAUUUGACUUGCUCUUUUUAACAUAUGAGGAGAUGAUCCAGGAUCUACGCUCUGCUGUUCUGAAAAUAUGUCAGUUUCUUGACAUAAAGCUUGAUGACCAAGCAGUAAACAGAAUUGUGGAAAAAGCAACAUUUAAGAACAUGAAAGAAGAUCCACUAGCUAAUUAUAAAUUUCUUUCAAAAGACCUGUUUGAUCAAAGUGAAGGAGGCCUUCUCCGCAAAGGUAUUAUUGGGGACUGGAAAAACAUAAUGACUGUGGCACAAAGUGAGAAGAUGGAUGCGGUAAUUAAAGAGAAGUUGGGGGAUCUGCCAAUCACAUUUAUCUGGGAUAUGUAGAAGACUGAAGAAACAGAACCCUAGCCAGACAAUGGCCACCAAAUGAACAACAAUGAUCAUGAUAUUUUUCCUAUUACUAUAUUUUGAUUGACUCUAUAAGUUAAAAAAUAAAAAUCAAGACUUUA